ACCCACAGAUUCCCAGUCCAAGCAGGGAGGGGCUGAGGGGCUCCCUCAGCAGAGAGGGAGGCCUUGGCUGAAGCCUGGCUGCAGGUGGCAACCUGAAAGCCCUCUCGCAUUUUGUCCUUCCUUCUGCCAAAGUGUCAUGUGAUGCAAUGGUCAACUGCUCCAUUGUUUUGGACACCUCAGUGUUGGGAAGUCCAGUUUUGGCAGCUUGCUCUCGUGUCUUUGACUGUUGUAUCUUUUUUGAUCCCGGAAUGUGCCCUGCUACCUGAAGUGCUGAAAAGCACAAUUGCAGAUAUUGGAGAGUACUACCUGGUGAGGAAUUUAUCCAUUCAUGAAUUGGUCGCUCAUGAAUUCAUUGAUGCUUUUGUGAAGAAAGGUUCAUGCUACGCCCUUACCUAUAAUACAAAAAUUGAUCAAGAUAAUACUGCAGCUCUACUACCAAAUGGAAAACUAAUUCUAUCAGUGGAUAAGGAUACUUAUGAGGAACUUGGACUGCAAGGUCGCCCUUCUCGGUACUCUGGCAAAAAAGCAAUGAGAUACAUUAUCACUAUCGACUUGACCGAUGCUGGCUUUCACCCUGAGAGCAAGAAACAUAACAGAGUGCUCUGGGCCUUGAAAGAAAAGAAACCUUUAGAAUUUGACUUUCUACUGGCUUGGUAUAAUACAGGUGCAGAGGGAUCAACACUGAUGUCAUACUUCUCAAAAAACCAAAUACGGGCCCUGAAGCCAAAAAUAACAUUCAGCACAUUAAGGGACUUGCAGUGUCCAGUGUUACAAAGUAAUGACCUACAAGGAAAGCCGGAGGAGUCCUGCAGUACAGAGGAACUCUUUGAAUGGCUGGGUGCUGUCUUGAAUCAAGUUAGCUUAGACAACAAUUCGUCUAGCUUCUUAUCAACCUACUGCUGUCCUGAGCCCAACACAGUGGUGGAAAAAGCUUUCUUGUGCACAAUCACAGGUUUUAUAAUUCCUGAGAAGAUAAUUCAGUUAUUGGAGCAGCUGUGUUGCUAUUUUGGUGAACCAAAACUGGCUUACUGGCUGACCUUAACUGUGCAUGGCUUUGCAGACAGCCCUGUUUCCUGGAGAGAAAGUGAACACGGUUUCCACAAAGGAGGAGAGAACUUGUACAACUUUGUAAUUUUUAGGAAUCUGGACUACUGGCUUCAGAUGGCUGUAGGAGCUCAUGAUGAUUGUCCUCCAUAAAGCUACAUCUACAGAAGCAGUUUUCUAAUAAUCCCAUGUUACUGAUAGAAACCUAAUAAAAUAUUUUUUAUCAAAGUAGUUACGUAACAGAUUAAGUA